UGCGCACAGAAUUCGCAACGCUACGAACGGUGACGGACUCGAAUCGAUCGAAUGUGAUCUCACGAUAGCAACGAUAUCAGUAUCGCCGCUGUAUCAAUUGGUUUUGGACCCGCACAUACCAUCCACAUACAGACAAAUAUUUGUGUUGUACGCGGUAAACAUUUAGUAGGUGCAACUAGUGCCGUUCGCUGAUUUACGGUUUCGAUUUCAGUGCUCGGACGACAGUACGGCAAAUAAAGUGUGCGAAAAAAGCGCAAUACCAGUUGUGCGAUAAUUGAAAAAAAUAUAUAUAAAAAACAAAAAAAAAUUAAAAAAAAAUAAAAUAAAAACAACAAAAAAUUAAAAAAAGUUAUCAGAAAAAUCUUUAAAAAUGUAAAACAUAAAAGCACAACAAAUUAUCGGAAAAAAGUUUAACAAAAACAAAUCCUCUUCACUUGUAAAAACAAAAAGUUACAAAAUAUUAAACAGAAUUCCCAUAUCUAAUCAGUGUCUUGUUAAAUAUAGUAGCCAGCAGUUAAACGCUUGACAAGCGCCACUUGAUCGGCUGAAAGUUGAUUAAACUUUUGAGAGUGGCAUUUUACGGCAACAAUAUUGGUGUUAGCUAAUCAAACUAAUGAGCUGAUAACAGUAAAUAAUAAAAAGCCCUGACAAACUAAUAAUUUGUUGCUUCGGAAAAAAUUAAAAAUAAAAAUCAAACAACAACAACACUGUGUAGUGCUUAUGUAAAUACAAAAAGUACUAUUUAUAAUUUAAGAGUGCAAGUGCAAAGCGAAUAUGAAGGCCAAAUAAUAAAUAAAUAUGCAUGCAAAAUGCAGCGCCAGUAAGUCUUAAAGGGUGCAGCGUCAAUUCGAAACAGUAACACCCUAAUGCCAUAUUUAAAAUGAAUUUAUAAUUUAAAAAUCAAUAAACUAACUACAAAAAUACAUGAAAAUAAAAAUAUAUGCAAAUGAAACAACACCGUCAGCAGCACCUUUUGUGAAUGAAUGAAUUAAUCAAUCGACGGCAACACGAUCUAAAUAUUGCAGUUGUUAUUUGUUUUUGUGAUUUGCUUGUUAUGUCAAAUAGAAAAUCAAACAACAAAGUGAAAAAGCGCAAAACUUUGUCGGCAGCCACUUUGCAUGCAACGCAUCAGGUGCUGAACAACGAUAGCAACAACAACAAUGUAACACAAGCAACAUUGCAGUUCAUUAACGAAUUUCAUAUGUUAUUCUAUAAAUUCUUGUCGCUGUCAGCUUGUCAACGUGUCUAAUCCUUGAUAUCAGUGCAAAUGAAAUAAAAAAAAACAAAAACAACAACUAAUAUGUGCGAAAUAAUACACGUGUUGCAUACGAAAUUGAAUUAAAUUAAAAACUCAAGUGAACGGCAAAUGAUUAUGCGAGUGCAGAAAAGCAUAAAUCACUCAAAUCCAAAGUAAACAAAAACAAAAAUAACAACAAAGAUAACGAAAUGAAUUACAAUUAAAUGCAAUAAUUUAGGCGCCAGCACUUGCGUUUAUUUUCAGCGGUAUUAAGCGUUUAAUCGCAUUUAAAGCGACGUAAUUGAAACGUGCACUGACACACAAAUACACAUAUGUAUAUAGAUGUACUUAUAUGAAAGUAACGCUCGCACUGUUUUGUGUGUGUGUUUAUAUUAUAAAAUAAAAAUUUAAAAAAUAAAUUCGAGUUUUAGCAAUAGUAAAAUUGCACAAAAAUGCCGAAAAGACGCAACUUUAAGCCUUUCGAGGCCAGUGAGCGGCAAGAACUCCAAAAUUUUACGCAAAAAGCGCAAAUAGUGCAGCAUAGAACCAGCGAAGGCAAGCAGUAUGCGCCGCUGCCGCUUACCGAAAGCGGCGUUGAGAAAAAUGUGGCCACAACACAGUGGCUUUUGGAGGAACCGUCGGAGUUGCAAGAGUUGCUAGCAGACGAUCAAGCAACACCAUUUAGUAAUCAACAAUACAGCAAACAACCGUCCCCAACGCAUACACAUACAACAGCUAAUGACUGUAAAUUAACAUCACCCACAACUACUGUGACGUCACAAGCGCGAACGCCAACGCAGCCGCAACAAUAUCAACAACAACAACAACUGCUAGAGAAAACACACAAACCAAUGACAGCGAAACGUAAAAAUUCCAAUUCAAAUGAGAUCAACAACACCGCAACGAGCGAAGCGCCACCUGCCAAUACAACGACGGAGCCGUCGGCAACAGUGACGUCAGCGACGAUCGCUGCCAAUAAUGGCCCGUCACGGCGGGAACCACACAUCAGCACGAGCAGCAAUGGUGAGGAUGAGACCGAUGUAAUUGGCGAUCUCGUCGGCCACUUCGGCAAGUGGCAAUGUCUGAUGACAAUGUUGUUGUCGUUGUUUCAGGUGCCCAAUACAUUUCACAUAUCGUCGCCGGUUUAUCAGGCGAUCAACAAAAAUUUCUGGUGCAGCCGACCGCCACAUUUGCAACACUUGCCGGUGGAUGUGUGGCGCAAUCUGAGCGAUUCGCAAGACAAUUGCUUUCAGGCGAAUAUUGACUGGAGUCAAGUGGGUAACGACAGCUUGCAGCUGCAGCCAGCAUUGCAACAACUGAUACGUGAACAACAGCAGGCGCUAGGCAGUUUUCCACACGACGUUUCGGCAGUGUCGGCAUUUCAAAGCUAUCUACUCUCGCCGCUGGCAGUUGCACAGAAUGAGUCGCGCGUCGCCUGCACCGCUUGGGAGUAUGACAGCAAUGACAAUUUGGGCAACACUUGGACUUCGCAGUGGGAUUUAGUGUGCGACAAGGAAUACUUUAAGAAUGUGGCAGAGAUGUUCUUUCUGUUGGGUGUGGCAACAGGUGGCAUACUGUCGGGCUAUUUGUCGGAUAAAUUCGGCCGCAAGAAGAUGCUUUUCAUAUCUGCUGUGCUGCAGACGAUAUUCGGUAUCGCGCUCUACUUCCCAAAAUCGUUGGAAAUGUUCCUGUUGUUGCGCGCCUUACUCGGCCUAGUCUCCGUGUCCGUCACAUAUGCGGGUCUCAUUUUGGCCAUUGAGUAUGUGGAUGGUAAAUGGCGUACCAUAGCCGGCAUGUACAAUUUAUUUCCACUGCCAAUUUCGUACAUGUUAAUCGCCGGCAUAGCCUAUCUGACGCAGGACUAUCAGCGAUUGCAACUCUGCAUCGGCAUACCGGGGAUAUUUCUCUGUUUUCUGUGGUUCGUCGUGCCCGAAUCACCCCGCUGGCUUUUGGUCAAAGGUCGCAUUGCCGAUGUGAAGACCAUAGUAGAGCGUGCCGCCAAAUUCAAUGGCCGUCAACUUCCAAGCGACUACGAGUCCAUGUUGAAACCGCCUCCACAGGAAGAUUCGUCACAAAACUGCAUUAGUCUAUUCAAUUCCGGUUAUCUGCGUUGUGUGACAAUUUGCUUUUUAUGCAUUUGGUUUACCAUGAAUUUGGUUUACUAUGGACUCAUACUGAAUAUGAGUUCGUUUGGUGGAAAUGUUUACUUGAAUUCGGCUUUAGCUGGCCUAGUCGAAAUCCCCGCCAUUGCCAUCGCCAUGUACAUCAUCACAAAGGUCGGCAAAAAGUGGCUCUUCUGUGCCACAUUUUUCUGCACGAGCAUCGCCUGCUGUUGUGCGGCCAUUACCGAGGGCAAUGAUGACCAACUCUGGCUGAAGAUUACAUUCCUCAUGAUUGGCAAGUUCACCAUCAGCGCCGGCAACACCAUCAUGCCCGUCUACACCGCCGAACUCUAUCCGACCGCCAUUCGUAAUGUGGGCGUGGGCGCUUGUAAUGUCGCUGCCGGUGCAGCGCUGAUACUCACGCCAUAUUUGUCGUUGUUGAAUAAAAUUGAGAUUCAUUUCAUGAUGACACUACUGACAGCUUUUGCAUUCUUUGGCGGAUUUGUGGUGCUGUUCCUACCUGAAACUAUAGCUGCUCAAACGAAAACAGAACCGCGAGAGGAGAAAUGUUAAAAUUUUCGAUAUAUAACUGAGGUAACUUCAAUCAACCAAUGCCACAAAGGAAUGAUUAGUCAUAAGGAGUAAGAACCAAUUCUUGUCAAAAUACGACGAAUUUACUAAGCAAAAGAAAUUUGGAAACAGUGCGUCAGUGGCUUUCAUAUGCCAUGCGAUGCAAAACGACGCUACAACACGAAGAAAUCAUAAAACAAAAUAACCCAAAGUUCAUGUGAAAGCUUAAAACUAUUAAAACGCAUAAGAAAUUCAUUUUAAGAGUAAGGUAAAUGGUAAAUAAAUAAUUGUAUUUUGGCUGGACCAAAAUGAUUAAACACAAAAACACUAACUAACUAAAAUAGCAACAAAAAGUCUUUAAGAAGACUUUUCCAUUUAAAGCAAAACCACAAUACAGCAAGUAUUUACUUAAGCAAA